AAGACGCCUGUGCCUAAGAAGAAGGUGUCAAGGAGCCCAGUUGGACCACAGACACGAUGAUGAUGUUUGAUAAUUGCAAGGAGCCAGACCUGUGCAUUGUCUAUGGGGAACCCAUCAGGCAAAAGCCCAUCAUCCAUAAGAGAACGAAGGGUCAGAAGAAAGCCCACCCAGCCCACCCAGUCGAGGAGGAGGAGGAGCAUGUACCCCUUUUUCCUGGAGGAAGUUGCAGGGCCUCCUGGGAAAUCACGGUACAGACAAUUCCUGGUGCUGCUAAGGAGCAGGAUGUGUGCAUUGUAGGUGAGGAAAACAUCUGGCAGUACUCCAACACCUGCAAGAGAAAGGUAUGUUUGCAGGAAACCCACUCAGUAGAGGGUCCAGUUGAUAGCAAAGGAGACUCCAGUGUCCCAAGUAAAACUCCAGCCCAGACUGUUGUUGAUGCCACAGCCAGGAUCAUGAUGUUUGAUACUUCUAGGGAGCCAGACCUGUGCAUUGUCUACGGGGAACCCAUCAGGCCAAAGCCCAUCGUCCAUAAGAGAACUGAGGGUCAGCAGGAAGCCCACCCAGUCGAGGUGGAAGAGGAUGUACCCCUUUUUCGUGGAGGAAGUUGCAGAUCCCCCUGGGAAAUCAUGGUGCUGACAGUUCCUGGCGCUGCUAAGGAGCAGGACGUGUGCAUUGUGGGUGAGGAAAACAUCUGCCAGAACCCCAACAUCUGUGAGAGAAAAGCGUGUUUGCAGAAAACCCUCUCAGUGGAGAGGCCCAUUCACAGCAAACUAGACUCCAGUGUCCCCAGUGAACCUCCAGCCCAGACUGUUGUUGAUGCUGCUAAGGGACAAGACAUCCGUAUUGUGUAUGAUCAAGGUGUCCUACAAAAGCCCACCGUCCAUAUCAGAAUUGGGUUUCCUGAGGAAACACAACCAGGGGAGGAUGUAGUAAAGCCUGUUGCUGUCGGAGAAGAUUGGAAAGGCCCCAAUGAAUCUACUUUCCAAGCCGUUCUUAAUGCCACCAAGGAACAAGACUCCUGCGUUGGGUACGAGGAAAUGGUUAGUCAGAAGGCCGUUUUUCAAGGUAGAGCCCCCUGUGAAGCCACAGCUUAGAGAGGUAUGGAUACUGCAGGUGUUGUGCAGUGGAGAGAGAACAGAAGGAAAUCUUCAAAAAAAGCACAGGAUGAGAUGGUGGAGCAGAACCUCCUGAGUCACGAUGGACCAAGGAGGGAAAAGAGAAGCCACAGAAAACGGAAGACAGACAAAUCCAUCGUUCCUCAAAGCAGCUUCUUCACUGAGCAAGGAGAACAACCAGAAAACAGAGAUGCUUUGAGAACAUCCACAAAGGAGAAAACAAUUCAAAUGGCAGAAUCUGGAGAAAUAAGCAGUGGGAGCAGAAACAAUGGAAACAGCCCCACAUGCCCUACAGAGGUGAAGCGAUUUACUUGUUUGGAGUGUGGAAGGAGCUUCAGGAAUCAGAAGCAGUUUGCUGCCCAUCAGAAGAUUCACACAGGACAGAAAUCACAUAAAUGUGCAGACUGUGGAAAGAGCUUCCGCAAUAAAUGGAACCUUAAAGUACAUAAAAGAACCCACACAGGGGAGAAGCCUUUCAAAUGUACAGUGUGCAAGAAAAGCUUUAAUGUGAGAUCAAACUUUAAUGCACAUCAAAUAAUUCACACAGGGGUGAAGCCCUACAAAUGUUCUGUGUGUGGGAAACGUUUCGCACGCAGCUCAUACCUUAAUGCACAUCAAAGAACUCACACAAAGAAGAAGCCCUACAAAUGUUCAAAGUGUGGGAAACGUUUCGCACACAGCUCAUACCUUGCAGAACAUAAGAGAACUCACACAGGGGAGAAACCUUUCAAAUGUUCAGUCUGUAAUAAAUGUUUUGCUAGGAAGUCAAACCUUACUAGUCAUCAGAGCAUUCACAAAGGGCAGAGACCCCAUGAAUGCUCAAUAUGUGGAAAGAGCUUCAACCGUAAAUCAAACCUCAAGAGGCAUCAAAAGCACCACACAAGGGAGACGCCCAACCAGGGUUCAAAUCUCAGUCAGAGUUUAGAUGAUGAAUCGAGACCUCAUGUAGGUGAGAACACACAGCGGAUUUAAACC